GCGGUGAAAGCGGUUGAUUGAUGAUUAGAUUUACGGUGUGGAUCACGGCGGGGAGAGAGGAUGACUCACCCCGUCUGAUGUGAUGUUCACCCCGCAACAGCUCGGCAGUGCGGUGGCACGCAGGUAGUUCAGCCUGACAAGUCGCUGUGCUCCACCAAUAAAACUUUAUCAAACUGUUAAGAUGCGUUUGGAUAGCCCUGAUAUUCCUGGUCUGUUUCAAACUUGAGAGGUUGUCACUUGCUGGUUAAAGAGAGAGACCAGAGCGUCGUGAUUUACCGUAAAUUUCGUGACGCCUGAUUGCCAUGGAAACAGUGCUCCUGCGCUGAGAGGAAACUGUCCGUGUUAACUUCAGCAUCAACCUCUCCAACGGAUAAACCUGUUGGAUAUCUCAGUGGGGAUUUUUGCUUGUCUUGUUUUUGCUACUCUGGCUUUACUUUCCAUUUUUAUUUGGCGACAAACCAGGUGAGAAUGAUGGAGCUUCAGACAGAGAAGAGGUUCCACAACUUGAGCCUUGAGCAAAUCCAAGCCCUGGACAAGGUCUUGACUGAGGUCAUCCCCAUCCAUGGACGAGGAAAUUUUCCCACUCUGCAGGUGAGAGCGAAAGACAUCAUUCGUGUGGUGAAGGAUCGGCUGGUUGAAAGAGACAUCCAGGUGAAAGAUAUACGGCUUAAUGGCGCGACUGCCAGCCACGUCCUGGUGAGGGAUAACGGCCUGGGCUAUAGAGACUUAGACAUCAUUUUUGGAGUGGAGCUGCCCAGACAGGAAGACCUCCAGGUGAUAAAGGAGGUGGUGCUGGGCAGCCUACGAGACCUCCUCCCUUGUGGAGUGAACAGACGCAAGAUCACCUGCCUGACGAUGAAGGAGGCGUACGUGCAAAAGAUGGUGAAAGUUUUCAAUGAGCAUGACAGAUGGAGCCUCAUCUCGCUUUCUAACAAUAGAGCUAAAACGGUGGGGCUCAGAUUUGUCAGCUCCCUUCGAAGACAGUUUGAGUUCAGCGUGGACUCCUUCCAGAUUAUAUUGGACCGUAUGCUGGAGUCUUACUGGGAGACUGAAAGGAAACAAGGAGGAAAGUUGGCGUUGAAUGCUGGGAGUUUGUCAAAAAGAGACAAUGAGGAUGAAAAGAAAGAGCAAGAAAAUUCAAGCAUCCCUCGGGAUGUUAAAGCGGAUGUCAAAAAAGACUCCAGUGGAGAGAGUCCAUGCCAGGAUGAAGCAGUUUCUUUGCUUGAGAAAGAACUUCCAUGUGCAGAGGCUGAGCAUGUGGAUGGAAAGCAUGAGGCACAGGAGGUGUUAGGACCUGAGAGCAUUAUCUUACAGCCGGAGGAAGUGGAUGACAUAGAGGACGUUCAUUCAGAGGAGGACAUUGUGUUUGAGCUAUGUGAAGAAAAUGGAGGAGAGAAAGGACAGUUUCACAGCGUUUAUCCUUUAGUUUCAUCCCCUAAAACUUUAUUAACAGAUGUCAGGGAUCCGCUGAUGACACAUGCAUGUUUAAAGCCACAGAGUGAUGAAGAGCUUUCUGCGUCACAAGCUUCCCAAUCAGCAGAAAAGUCAGCUCCGCAGGGAAAAGUCCACUGUGCAGAAAUUACUCAGUUCAAAGUCGACUCUGUAAGCUGCAGGACUGAAAAUACCUCAAAACUACAGGAUCCACAUCUUGAAUUUUCCUUUCCUCCUCCAGCUAAGAAAACUUGCAGCGCAUCACAAGACAUUGUACCAGACUAUUGCCCCUCACCAAAAUUACAAAGGAAAAUGUCAAGGAAGAUGAUCAGUAAGCCAGAGAAAUGGUCUUUACUGACUGAUUUGUCAGAUCUUACCACACAGCUGUUUCCACCCAUAGAAAUACCCAAACCACUUCAGCCAAAGCCUCCUUUGCUGGAUGGAGCUCAAGUUCAUGGCUCAAAUGUUCCAGCCACCAAGCCAGAGACCUUAGACACCCUUACAGCUCCCACAUGCAGUCCAGCCAGUACACGUCAGGAUGGCUCGCAUGAACCUGCGGAACAAACUGUGAAGCCAAAACACUCAAAAAAGCCUCCUGAUUCAGAGACUCAAAGCUACCCUCAUGCUGCAAAUGCACAGCCUCAGAUCAAUGAGCAAACACCUGAGCUGGCAGACACAGUCCCAGACAGGUGCGGGGCAAGCUCAUGGGGUGGGGCAGUAGGGGGGCCCGCCAUCACAGUCGAAGCAGAGUGCAUGUAUGGAGACUUUGACCAGGCGAUGGACCACCUCCGCCACCGCCUCAUCGCCACCCACAACCCAGAGGAGAUCCGAGGAGGGGGCCUGCUAAAAUACAGCGACCUGCUCGUGAGGAACUUCAGACCAGCCAGCGAGACAGAGAUCAAGUCCUUGGAGCGAUACAUGUGCUCCCGCUUCUUCAUCGACUUCCCUGACGUGAGUGAGCAGCAACGGAAGAUUGAGGCCUACUUGCAAUGCCAUUUCAUUGGCAACGAGGAGACCAGCAAGUACGACUACCUGAUGACCCUGCGGCGUGUGAUAGAUGAGAGCACGGUGUGUUUGAUGGGACACGAGAGGAGACAGACACUGAAUAUGAUCACAGUCCUGGCUCUCAGGGUGCUAGGUGAGCAGAACGCGAUCCCCAACACGGCCAAUGUCACAUGUUUCUAUCAGCCAGCUCCGUACAUGACAGAGCCAAUUUACAGCAGCUACUUCAUUACCCAGGCCCAGCCCCCACUCGUCUACCACCCCUACCCGUUACACGUCCACAUGCAGACUGGUCUGGUGUAGUCUACAGUGACCUGCCCACAGGGAGGCAUGGAGGCUGCUUUUAGCAUGGUGCUCUGCAAGCAGAGGCAAAAAUGGAAGUUUUAACAACAACAGGCAUCCACGGGCGCAGUGUUGUUUGAUGCUUUGAAACCCCUCCUGCUUAUGACCUGAAAGAUCAUGAAAGUUCAGAACUGAAAGGGGUCUGGAGGCAAAGCAUUUGACCCUUUCAAGACGAGCACUUUUGGAAAGCAAGGAAAUGCUAAGAGCCCAUUUUUCAGAGGGCUGGUAGAGAGGAUUUCAUCGAAAUGGAGGGACUUUGUUGAGCUCAGCUUUGAAAGGGCUCUAUAUUGGUCACCGUCCCCUGUUGAGGAGAACAUUGUAAUACAACAGUUCUCUAUGGCUUGAAGAUACACUUCAACAUAUAAAAACAUAAUCUAUGAAAAACCUGUUGGCAGCAACAAUCUUGAUUUGGUUGAAGUUUGAAUAAUGAUAAAUCCUUAACGUUUCUGUGGGGUUAAAACCUCAUAUAGCUGUUUUGUGAAUCAUCAGUCUCUGUGGAAUAAAUUUCAGCACGUGACUGUACCUGUGUAUUCACUGUAUAGAAAUAGGACACCAUUUAUCGAGGGCAUACAUUAGACAAAAUUUACUGUGGUAUUUCCAUGAUAUCAUAAGUUCUAUAUUUGUGAAUGUGAACACCUAAUUUGAAAGGCAGAAACAAGAGAUCAAAGGUUUGGUUUCAUUUGGGACAAAAACUAUUGGGAAGGUGAGGGGGGCCGAAUUUCAUGUUUCCUGCUGGAGGGUUAUUUUAGCCUCCAAACACUUCAUGACAAAAUAAGCAACAACCAAAGUUAAAAUUGGUAAUACAUCUUUAUUCAUCGUUAAUUAGGGUUUAACUAAGCGAUCACGUUUGAUUGACAAUGGCUAGGCACGUAGGCAAACAACACAACAACACAACACAACACAUAUGUCCCCCAUGAGACCUUAUUUUGGAAAAAAUGUGUACGGUAGUCUAUGGUGAGGCAAGUCUUUUAUUUAUCGCUUCUCAAUUAUUAUAUAUGAAAUUAAGAGAUAAUUUAAGUCAAUAAAGUUGCAGUUUGUCGUAGGUUUGUUGUAGUACUGUUAAAAAUAGUGUGAAAUUCAUAAGUGAACCUCAUCUCUCGUCUCACACAACAUACAUCACCUAUACUAGCUAACUAGCUAGCUGGCUAACUUAAUCAUGUUCCACUCAUAAAUGUAACGUUACCUUACCUGAUGUGUUUUAUACAUUGAAUUCUGGUCUUUUUAUCAGCCAGAAAGUGAAAGACCUGUUGCUUGUGUGGGUAUAAUACACACAAGCAUUGCACUGUCAAUGAGAGAGACAGCUUCAAUAUCACUUACGUGACGUGGCUAUUCUUUCUAAUGCUGUAUUCUGUGUUCCAUUUGCACCAGAAAGUCACAAUAUCCGAGUUCCCAGUCAGAAAUUUCAACUUGCCCCUUAAAGUCGAAUUUCCAGCUCGAAACAGUCAGAGGAAAUUCACCAACCCCAACCUCAAAAUCCAAGAUGGCUGCUCUGCACAUCAACAGUAGUUAAAGCUGUUGAAAUAUACUGUUUAUAAGGACUUCUGUCUUAUUUGUGUCUCAAAAGACACACACACAGUCCUGUCCAACUUCUAUCUAUGGACACAUUGCUGUGGUGUUUGUAUGUGCAAAAUAUGACAGAGUGCAUUCUUAUUGACUGGUUUUGCAAACAUUGGCUAACCUGGCUUGAACUGGUAUUGUUAACAACAUCUUGGUUUUCCAGCUUCCAACUUUCCAGGUAAACGGAACAUAGCAUUAUACUUAAACACUUUAUGACAAACUGCAACUUUCUUGACUUGUGAAAUUAUCUUUUAAAUUGACAUACAUCAUAUAGCUUCUGUAAUUCAUGGCACAAUAUAAAGGGGAUCAAAAAAUUAUUUGUCUUUUGCUGUUAGCUACUGCACAUAUUUUUUUCUGAAGAAAGGUUCCUGACCGAACUACACUACAGUCACAUGACUUUACAUUCCUACCACAACGAGGCUGUGAAGCCGUGUUCGGCGUGAUGGUGUGCUGUAGUUUCAUUUAACCACUUUUUAAGACACAUAAAAGCUUCAAAAUUCACAGUGGGAUAUUAACUGAUGUGUUUUAUGUUGUAGAACAAAACAUGAAAGCUUGUGUUAAGCACAGACCUUGUUUCAGGCGUGUAACCAAAAACCCAUUCAGAAAAACCCACUGACUUUGAGAUGAGGAAACUGAGGGAAAAAUGCUAAUGCAUUUCCAGGUUUUAGGACUCAUUCCUGAAGCACUCUAUAGCAAUGACAAAAUCAGAUAAAUAGACAUCUUUGAAAAACUGUUCAAACUUGGGCUGAAAAUAGAAGGACCCCAUCUCUCACAAUGAAAAGAAAAUGUUUUUGGGGCCUUAAACGUUACCUUUGAACAUUAAAAGUUUAUUUUUGCAACUACCUACACUGCAAAAUAAAGCUGAAAAAUAUAAAUUUAGGACAAGACAAAAGAGAAAUUCUGACCCCCUCUCCACCCUAAUAAUUUUCCUACAGCCCCUUACAAUUAUAACCACACUUCCUAUCAGUGACAGAUGUUGGUGUGUUGGGGAGUGUUCAGUCAUGCUUUUGCAUCGUAACAUUAUAGCAUGGUGUUAGAAGUUAUAAACUGGCAGUUGUGGCCAAAUCUCCCUGAAUCCCCCCCUGCAUUAUAUCAAACAGAGAAACACCACAUUUGAAAGAAAGCCUUGGCUGUCUUGUUUUUCUGCUGAAAAUGCUGAGAGCAUGUUAAAUUCUGUUUUUCCCCAUCUCCAUCAGGCCGAAUAGACUUCCUGUGUGUUUUACAUGGUGACAGUUGUUUGUUGUAGUGGACGUAGUGAAUGUUCUGUCGGGGUUUUGCCUGCCGUUGUGUUACAAAAAUGUUACUGCACAUUUCAAUUAUUCAAGCAGUCUACGAAUGCAGCCAGCAGUUAUUGCACUCUGUCCCUGUGUGUUUGAUCAUUGUGUAUGCAUAGCUACAGUACAUGUACUCAGUAUUUAAAAAAAAGAGACAAUUUAAACACAGGUUAGGAUAUGUGGGCUGUUCACACUAAAUCUGAGACUGAAGCACAAUGUAAAUGCACAUAGCUGUUGUUGAGUUGAUGAUGGUGUUUCUGACAUGCUUGUGAAUCUCCAACUAGAUAUUGAAGACAUCUUAAAUACUGUGUGCAGUAGUGCCCUAUGUAGCUUUAAAGUGAUGUAUCUAUCUCAAGACUUUUGGGUAUGUUGUGUUAUGGAACUGUUUCACCAGUAGAGAAAUUAAAAUAUUCCUGUUAUGAUAUCUAGUUGCUCAGAUUGUUGUGUUAUUGUGGUAAUAAAUAUAACACAACCACUCUUUGUCUGGACUCAUCCAUUGAGUUACAGUUUCAUGUUCAUUAAGCUGUAGUUGGAUCAUCCAGUCAUAUGUACUGUAGGU